AUGAAACCAUCUUUCCUUCUGGUCACCUCUCUUAUCGGUGCUCAUGCUGCGCCUGGCGGCAACGUCAAUGCAACUAUAGCGACUUCUUCUUCACCAUCGACCCAACGUCAAAAACGAGAUUGGAGUGCUGAUGACGAAAGAAUAUAUGAAGCUGGAUUGAGGAAAAAGCUGGAUUGCGGCCGCGAAUCCGACGACAUUGUCCUCUGUCGUUUGGUGGAAGACGUUCCCCAUACGUUCGAUCGCAUCGGAUUGCGCGUCAAGCUAUCCAAGAGAGACGACGCUGGAACGUCGGUGAAAAUAUACGGCACCUUUCGACCCGAGACGGCCUUUUACCCCAGCAACCCCCAUGUCCAUCAACUUUUCGACGCGCCUCAGAGCGGUAGCUCCUUUGCGCAGGAGUUUAAUUUCUGGGAUGAGUUUGGCGAAGAGAAGAUGGCAGUAAAAGACUUUUCACAAUUCCAGAUAUUGCAGAUGCUCAACGACCAAGUCCAUUUAAAGGGCAACUCGUACCUAAUCGAGGGCAUCGUUUUGGAGAUCCAUCACGUUCAGUCGGGCCAAAUCUUGAGAAACGAGUUGGAAGCGCCUUGCGACGAUUGCACAAGCUGGUUUCCUCCCAAGAACGCACUUCUACGAGAGCACGAUGGCAAAGUGUUGAAUUCCAUCUGGACGGAAAGGUGGGAGUGGCAUGAGUGGCUUGUCCGAGUGAACAGUAAGUCGACCGACGGCUGCCAUGGAGCCGGCUACCUCGCUCCAUCCGUCAUUGCACCAGUCGUCGAAAGGGUUGCUAAUGCGUAUGCUGCCAUGGUAGCCACGAGCGAACAUAGGUCUGGGCCAUGCAUGCCUGUACUUGAACAAUGUGAUCUUGAUCCCAUCUAUCGUGGAUACCCGCCGAUAUUGGAAAUGGCCGAGGCGAGCAACGGCAUCUUCAGCAACCACAUCUAA